AUGGCCGCGGAAGCAGCGGAGCCGCCCUCUCCCCCGCCGCCGCGGACCGGGGAGGCGGACGCGGAGACUCCUGCGACGCCUGGGAAGCGCGCGCCGGCGGACCGGGACGAGAAGGAGCAGGAGGGAGCGGAGCGGCCGGAGCCGAAGCGGCGGCGCGCCCGCGCGCGCAUCGCGGCGCUCGACAGCGUGCCCCGCGCGUCGGAGACCACGCCCAAGUUCGGGUCCUUCAACCCCGGCGCCACCACCACCGUCGCCGCCGCCGCGGAGCUCGUGGCGUUCCACCUGAUGAAGGCCUCUCGAUGUCGCGUGGAUUCUUCGGCGACGGAAGAGGCGGGGGAUCACAGGACGGUUGCCGGCGGCGGCGAGGAAGCGGCGGCCGAGGGCAGCGAUGAGAAUUCACGCUAG